UCCUGGUGCGGGUUGGUGCUGCGCGCCCGCAGCCUCGCGUUCUCCACUUUUCUGCUUCGCGCGUGUGUGCGGGAGGCCGGGAGCCCGUCCCGCCUGGGUCGGCGGCUCCCGGGGUGCAUCUCUUCUUCCUUCCCUUUCCCCCCGCCCCGUACGCUUCCGCAGAGGGAUUUCUCCUCUCUCCUUGUCCGUUGUGGGGGGCGUCCCCCCAGUCCGCGCCCCUUCCCUCCCCGCUCCCGACCGGGGUCUUGCGGCGCUUCCCUCUGGAUGCGUCCCCGCAGCCCCGGGCGGGAGGCGGCCAGGGGGAAGCGCUGCCUCAGAGGAUUUACAGCCGUCUGGAACUCGGACCCGUGUCGCUGCCUCCCCUUUCAGCGCGGGGACACCCGGCGCCCCAGCUCCGCUCCGGGCCGCCGCCGCCAUGGACGAGAAGUACCUGCCUGAGCUGAUGGCGGAGAAGGAUUCCCUGGACCCGUCCUUCACCCACGCCCUGCGGCUGGUCAACCAAGAAAUUGAAAAAUUCCAGAAAGGGGAAGGAAAGGAAGAAGAAAAGUAUAUUGAUGUAGUCAUCAAUAAAAAUAUGAAGUUGGGACAAAAAGUUUUGAUUCCAGUAAAACAGUUCCCUAAGUUCAAUUUCGUGGGAAAACUUCUGGGUCCACGUGGCAAUUCUCUAAAGCGCUUACAGGAAGAAACACUGACAAAAAUGUCUAUUUUGGGAAAAGGUUCUAUGAGGGACAAGACAAAGGAGGAAGAGUUGAGAAAAAGUGGAGAGGCAAAGUACUUCCAUCUAAAUGAUGAUCUCCAUGUUUUAAUUGAAGUAUUUGCUCCACCAGCAGAAGCAUAUGCCAGAAUGGGACAUGCAUUGGAGGAAAUCAAGAAAUUUCUCAUCCCUGACUACAAUGAUGAAAUCAGACAGGCACAGCUUCAAGAGUUAACAUAUUUAAAUGGUGGUUCAGAAAAUGCAGAAGUUCCAGUAGUUCGUGGAAAAGCAUCAAUUCGAGCAAGAGGAGUACCAGUUCCUGCUUUGUCCAGGGGCCGUGGAGGAGUGCCCCCCCCACCAGCAGGAGUACCCAGAGGGGCACCAGCACCCAGAGGAGUUCCUCCCAGCAGAGGACCAGUCAGUCGUAGCCGUGGACUUCUGGCACCCAGAACAAGAGGAGUCCCCCCCCCUGCAGGCUAUCGGCCCCUUCCACCACCUCCAGCUCAGGAGACUUAUGGUGACUAUGAGUAUGAUGAUGGUUAUGGAACUGCUUAUGAUGAACAAAGCUAUGAUUCCUAUGAUAACAGCUAUAGCACUCAAGCACAAAGUGGAGCAGAUUACUAUGACUAUGGCCAUGGACUGAGUGAAGAAACAUAUGACUCUUACGGGCAAGAAGAAUGGACCAACUCCCGGCACAAGGCACCUUCUGCAAGGACAACAAAAGGAGUCUACAGAGACCAGCCAUAUGCCAGAUACUGAUUGUACUGUCUGAUGUUGUGAAAUAUCCAAUCUCCACCAGUCCUGUAUACUGUUCAAAGUAAUUUUUUCUAUGAACAAUCCCUUUUUAUUAAAUCACAGAGCAUAAAAAUCUGAAUGGAUGGACUUAACUUAAAAUAUUUUGUUGAAAGAAUAACCUGGACAGAAAGAUAUGUAAAACAAGGAACUUUGUUAUUUCCAAGCUGUAUUUGAAAAAAUAGGUGAUCAAAAUAAUAACCUUUGAUUAACUAGUGUUAAACAAAAAAUAGGUUUACUAAAUAUGUUAGUCCAUUCUCUUAACAUAAGCGUAACCUUUUAUUUUA